CCAAGACCAGGACAAGUUCUCGGUCUCGUCGGCACGAACGGUAUCGGGAAGAGCACCGCCCUCAAGAUUCUUGCAGGAAAGCUCAAGCCCAACCUCGGGAGAUACGAUGACCCCCCGGACUGGACGGAGAUCUUGAAGUAUUUCCGUGGCUCAGAACUUCAGAACUACUUCACCAAGGUCCUCGAAGACAACCUGAAAGCCCUCAUCAAGCCGCAAUACGUCGAUCAUAUACCCCGCGCGAUCAAGGGCAAGAUGUCCGUCAGCCAGAUGCUCGACUCGAAGCUCGAGCGGGACAACAAGGAGCACAUGUGCAAGGAGCUUGAGCUUUUCCACGUCCUGGAGCGCGAGGUGUCGCAGCUCUCCGGUGGAGAGCUCCAGCGAUUCGCGAUCGCCAUGUCCUGCAUCCAGAAGGCCGACGUCUACAUGUUUGACGAGCCGUCAAGUUACUUGGAUAUCAAGCAACGUCUUAAGGCCGCCGAAGUCAUUCGCGGCCUCUUGUCGCCCGACUGCUACGUCGUCGCCGUCGAGCACGAUCUCUCCGUCCUCGACUACCUCUCCGAUUUCAUCUGCUGCCUCUACGGCAAGCCCUCCAUGUACGGCGUCGUCACCAUGCCCUACUCCGUCCGCGAGGGCAUCAACAUCUUCCUCGACGGCUACAUCCCUACCGAGAACCUACGCUUCCGCGAGGACACGCUCUCCUUCAAGAUGGUCGAGACCGCGGAGGAGAUGAUCAUCGAGAAGAACGCGCAGUACGAGUACCCGGCGAUGACGAAGACGCUCGGCGGCUUCAAGCUCACCGUCGAGGCGGGCAGCUUCACGGACUCGGAGAUCAUCGUCAUGCUUGGGGAGAACGGGACGGGGAAGACGACGUUCGUGCGCAUGCUGGCGGGCGUGGAGUCGCCGGACGACGAGGAGUCGAAGCAGCAGUUCGCAGUUUCGUUGAAGCCGCAGACGAUCUCGCCGAAGUUCCCGGGCUCGGUCCGGAUGCUGCUGUUGAAGCGCAUCAAGCAGGCGUUCAUGCACCCGCAGUUCCAGACGGAUGUGUUGAAGCCGAUGAGCCUGGAGAACAUAAUGGACCAGGACGUGAAGACGUUGUCUGGUGGUGAGCUGCAGAGAGUGGCCAUCGUUAUGGCGUUGGGCAUGCCGAACGUCUCGCUAUACUUGCUCGAUGAGCCGUCAUCCUUCCUGGACUCCGAGCAGCGUAUCAUUGCUAGCAAGGUCAUCAAGCGAUUCAUCCUCCACGCGAAAAAGACGGCCUUCAUCAUCGAGCACGACUUUAUCAUGGCCACCUACCUUGCCGACCGUGUCAUCGUGUUCGAGGGUCAACCCGCCGUCGCUGCCACUGCCACUCCCCCACAAGCCCUCCUCACCGGCAUGAACCGCUUCCUUGCCUCCCUCGAAGUCACCUUCCGCCGCGAUCCCACGAACUUCCGUCCACGAGUGAACAAGAUGAACAGUGUGAAGGAUAGGGAGCAGAAGUCGGCCGGCAACUACUUCUUCCUCGAGGAGUAA